AUGGUGGAGGGGGCUCCUAAGCGGCAAAAAACAGUCAUUCACAAGAGAGAAGUGGCAGCGCGAGUGGAGGCUAAGGCUGCGGUGACAGCUGAACUACUUGCUAUUCGUCGUUCAAAGCUGAAAGCGGCUACGAAUCAUUUCGCGACGAUUACGAAGGCUGCUGCUAUGGAUGCGGCUGCUCGUGCGGCAGCGGUUCAACAGUUUGAAGGCUCGUGUCCCGUCGCAAGGUCUGCGAGUCGUGGGGUGGCAGCUGACUCGCUGCCGACGUCGGUGCCUCAACCGGUAUCGGGUCAGCACGGAACCUUAAAAGUUGUGAAGUGGCCCCUGCUGCAGUACUAG